AUGUUAGAAGGUGCAAAAUCAAUAGGUGCCGGAGCUGCUACAAUUGCUUCAGCGAGAGCUGCUGUCGGUAUUGGAAACGUCUUCAGUUCUUUGAUCCAUUCUGUGGCGCGAAAUCCAUCAUUGGCUAAACAAUCAUUUGGUUAUGCCAUUUUGGGCUUUGCUCUAACCGAAGCUAUUGCAUUGUUUGCCCCAAUGAUGGCCUUUUUGAUCUUAUUCGCUGCGACCCAUCUUUGCAAAGCAAGAGCGAGGCCAAGAAGCAGCAGCGCUCGUACACUAGAAGGAUUUGGGUAUAGAGCCCGCUACGCGCCUUCAAAGGCCGGAAAGAGAUUUCGCUUUGGCUUUGGUUCGCUUGACCGUGUGACUAUGGUUCCUGUGGUCUUGGAGAUAAUGACUCAUGGGUAUGGGUCAGGACAGUAUGAACUUCGAGGGUUCAAUGCAGCUAGAGAGCUGCUGCACCUACGCUUCUCUGGCUGCAGGAGAUGGGGUCUCGAUAAAAGGAAAGGGAUGAGUUCAUUCUCUGGAAUGGUCUCGGAGAUGGCUUCUCUUCCCUCGGAUGGAGCAUCUGACCUUCCGUUGGAGAUGCAAUAUAUGGGGUUCCAUGGAUCCAUUAGUUGGUUCCGCGGUUCCUCGCUAGGGGAGAGAGCAGCCUUUCAGGAGGAACCUGUGACACCUGCACGGAUGCCUGGCUGGAACGAUUUGACAACGAAUUCAAUCUUGUCUUGGAUGCCCACCCUACAGGAUAAUAUCCAUUAG